ACCACUGAGCACUGAGCACUGAGCUGCUGUCUUGCUGUCGGCGGACAACUACUUUAGUAGUCGCUGCGAGGAAUCUAGGAUCGCCUUUGCGCGUUCUGCCUCCCGUCUUGUUGUGUGUACCGCCAGAUCAUGUGGUGCGACUGUCCCGCCGUGUGUUGACCAGUGCGCGCUUUGUCACGCUCUGGCACGCCAACCGACGAGGCAAGAUCAGUUUGGCUAAGAGCGCUGGUGGAAUUGCUGGAGACGGAGCGCAAUGGACGCUUUCAGUUCGCAGUUCCCCCUGAGUGCGUGCGCGCAAGGGCAGUUGCACAUAAUGCAGGAGCGACGUAGACCCAGAGUGGCCUCUACAUUAUCAGCAUCAUCAGCUUCAUCAGCCACGAGACCAUUAGGACUGACAACAACACGAACUCCAUCAUCAUCAUCAUUAGCAGCAGCAGCAGCAGCUGGAGAAGGUCUAGCGACAGGGAUUGGUGGGCAGCGCAAACCGUUUGCUAGAGAAGAGACCAAUCGAGUGAGAACCUCCAGUUGUAGUUCAGACACGUCUGCAGAGUGGAUUAGAUUUCGACGGUGUCGUUCAACAGCGGGAAGAAUACGUGAAAGACGGCUAGCAAAGAGGAGGAGUGUGCAGUAUUUGGAUCUGUGGCAACACUGGAAACCCCAACAUCCCUGUGGCACAGGUUCGAACGGUGAACUCCCAACGACCUUAUCAGUAUCCGCUGUAAACCAGCAGCAGCAGCGCCAGCAGCAUUCGGUGCUAGGAAGUGCGUGCUGUAAUAGGGAUCUACGGUGUGAAGUGUCGUCGCAUUAUCCUCGACAGGCGGCCCCACAGCAGCACCACUAUUCUGCCCAUCUGAGCGGUGGUCAGCAUCACCACCAUCACCAUCACUCCUCUACCACAUUGCAUCACAUACACACGACGAGCAGUAUGGCAACCAGCCUGUUCGUUGUCCUGGUAGCGUUGGCCAGUCUCUUCGUACAUCGAUGCAGUGGUGUCGUGGUCUACGGAGCAUACGAAUGCAGAAGUACGCGGCCCACAGCAGCAGCAAUACAGCAGAGCUCCGACGGGUCAGUGCGAGCGGAACAGGUGAUUGAUCAUGUUGCCGGCUUCCAGACCGGCGGCCGACAGCCAUCGCGAGUACCUAUAUCCAGUAGCACCACCACCGCGUCACCGCCAUCAUCCACGGCGGCCGGAAAGCCGCACGUCUAUAGCAAAGGCGAGUUCACCAAUGCGCGCUACAACCCGUUUCAGAGUCCGCGCACCACGCAGUGGCCGAACCACUACUUCCCGAACAUGGACUGCUGGUUCAACUUCACCGCGCCGCACGGGCACCUCGUCUACGUGGAGUUCCCGACGGUUAGGAUCGAGGGCGACUCCAGCAUGUGCCAUUGGGAUCGCGACUUGUUGACUAUUCCAACGCGAUACACUGGCGACAAGCUGAUCUGCGGCAGUCCAACGGACUACGGGGCAUCCGUCACCGGCCUGCAGACGGUCAACAUUCACUUCAAGUCAAAUCACGUCAUCGAGGCGGCCGGCUUCAGUGGCUACUUCUUUGCAUAUCCGGAUAGGCGGCCAGCUGCGGCCGCCGGGAGAAGGCGCCGGCGGGCCGUGACCGACUCCAUGAUGCAGCGCCUGCGAAGGUGGAUCGCAAACCCCUACAUCCGAAUGCUGCUCAAGGAGCAGCUCUUCGCUCGGGAGGACGACGACGACGUAGAGGCCAUCAUGGGAGAGUCCGACCUGGAGGUUGUGCAGAGACUGCGGCAAAUGUCGCUCAACGGUCGCACGUCCGUCAGAGAGACUGGAUGUCAGGACUGUAGGAUAGCGCAGCUAUUGGAGCCCUGCGAAUGUGCCGGUAUUGUAUGUAAAGACAACCCGUCGGCGGAAGGCACGGAAUGAUCACAUUUCAGCUUGAUAGGACUGAUUGCAAAUUUAUUCAUCGCCAAAGAAAAGUCUAUUAUUCUCUAUUGGAUUAUAUCUUCUAUUUGUCAAGUCCGUCGUCGAAUUUUAUCGUCUGUCCGAAUAUAUUUUGACUCGACCUCCAAUUUUUUGUUUGUUCGUCAAACCCCCUUGAUGAUUAUAUGGUAUCAGUGAUCUACUGUACUAUUUGAGCUUGCCCGAGAAAUAUAUGCUUGCCCAAUUAUACCGAUAGGAAUUAAUAUACAGGGUUGAGCUUAUUUCUUUAAAAAAUUAUUAUCCAGUAUGUAUGAUUCCACCAAAUUCUCUAUAUGCUUUUUUUCCCGCCGUUGCCUAGAUUAUUUCUCGUAUUCUUUUCAACUCGACGAUCUUGGGGACCUGUCCCCGAGCUCAAAAGACGACGCAAUCUUGCGAGCUGAAUAUCUCCUUUCUC